AUGGGCUGCAAUCAAAGUUCUAGUGAAAACACUAUUAUCUCUUCAAAUGCAAGAAAGUAGUUGCUUUUAGGAUAUUGGAAUAUUCCUUUGAGAGCAUAACCUAUUAGGUAUAUUUUAGAAUUGGCUUAAUACCCAUACAGUGAAAAGAAAUAUUCCUAAAAAGAAGCCCAAGAAUGGUUUGGUAAUGAUAAAUAAAAUCUUGGAUUGGAAUUCCCUAACCUUCCUUACAUUUUUCAUGGUGAUUAUCAUUUAACUGAAGCUUCUAACAUUGCUAAUUAUGUUUUAGAAAUUACUUGCUAGUAAUAUCUUUUAGGUUGUGGAGAUGACAAAUUCAGAAUUGGAAACAUAAGAUAUGUCUGUGAUGGGUUGAUCAUUGAUGUUUUCAAGACUUUAAAAAUGACUCCUGAAGAAAAAUAAAAGCUCUUAGAAAAUAAUAUAAUUCCUGAUCUAUACUCAUUAAAGGAAGCACUUGGUGAAAAGACUUACUUUUUUGGAAGACUGACUGUUGCAGAUAUUUAUGCCUACUGCGCUUUUGUUAACUUCAAGCUUUUCUUCCCAAAUGAGUACAAAUAAUUUGCUAGUUCAUUUAAUAACUUGAUAAUAAACUUCGAAGCUAUCCCUGAAAUCUAAGCUUAUCAAAAAUCAGAUAGAUUCCCUAAAUUUUAAUUAUGA